AUACCUUUAUGUUGACUCCUACUGUUGAGGAAAGUGACCACCAGCUCCUCUCUCACAACUCUCAUGUAGCUGAGAGCCAAGAUCAGAAAGGAGGCAAGCAUGGAGACUCAGGCUCAACUAGAACUGCAGAGCCAAAUGAACAGAGUCUACAUCACGAAAGCACAAGUCACAGUAACAAUGUAGACAACCCUCACCUGUCAGAGAUGCACUGUGAUACUCACACAGGUAAACAGCCGUUUGCAUGCAAAACAUGUGGGAAAGCUUUCAGAAAUAAUAGUUACUUGGUAAUGCACAUGAGAAUCCACGCAGGUGAGAAGCCAUAUUCUUGCAAAACAUGUGGGAAAACAUUCAUUCGGAAAUCAGAUAUGAAUUAUCACAAAAGAAUCCACACAGGUGAGAAGCCGUUUGCAUGCAAAAUAUGUGGGAAAGUAUUUACUUAUAAAUCAACAUUGAACUCUCAUACAAUAAUCCACACAGGUGAGAAGCCGUUUGCAUGCAAAAUAUGUGGGAAAGUAUUUACUUAUAAAUCAACAUUGAACUCUCAUACAAAAAUCCACACAGAUGAUAAGCUGUUUGCAUGCAAAACAUGUGGGAAAGUUUUCGAAAAUAAUAGUCAAGUGACAUACCACAUGAGAACCCACACUGAUGAGAAGCCAUAUUCUUGCAAAAUAUGUGGGAAUGGAUUUAUGAGGAAUUCAUCAUUGGACUGUCAUAUAAGAAUCCACACAGGUGAGAAGCCGUUUGCAUGCAAAACAUGUGGGAAAGCUUUCUCAAAUAAUAGUAACUUGGUAACUCACAUGAGAACCCACACAGAUGAGAAGCCAUAUUCUUGUAAUACAUGCAAAAAAAAAUUCCAGCGUAAUGAUACCUUGAAAGCCCACAUGAGAACACACAUGGGGGGAAAAGGUGCAUCACUGCAGCACAGAGGGUCCAGAGAUUAAAGAGUAACAGGAGGAACUAAAAGGAGUUUGACACUCUUGACUUCAGGGUUACACUCUGUAAUAAGUGUUGGAUCACACACUAUUUCUACACACUACCUCAGCAAUGAGCUCACUGAGGUUAUUUCUUCGUUAGAGGAAGAUUGUCCGUCUGUUUUGGGUUAUUGGAUUGCAAUGGGAUAGUGCUUGAUCACCUGAACGUACAGGUGUAAAUACAGCUGUGAUGGAGGACAUGGCUGGUGGGAUGCUGGGCUUCAGAAGCUUGUGCGUAAUGCAUACUGGUACAUGCAGGCAGUCCCUGCACGGCUCCGCGAGCAGGAGAACUCAGCUUUAGGAUUCAGGGGGAUCUAUUGGCAGAAGUGGAAUAUAGUAUUCAUAGCUGUUUUCUUUGGUCUAUAAUCACAUGAAACUAAGAAUCGUAUGUUCAUUAGAUUAGAAUGAGCCCUUCAUAUCUACAUGAGGAGCGUAUCCUCUUCCACUGAGACCACCAUGUUGUCUCUUUAGUAUCCCAGAACAGACGAACAAAACUCUGGCUCUAGAAAGGGUCUUUCCUGUUUUUAUGUUACCAGAAGCCACUGUAGGUUCUCUCAACACUUGGAAAAGGAGGUCAGUGGAGGAGUAUUCAGUUAGUUGCACCUGCAGUUAAUAUUGUAACUGACAAUGAUGAACAAACUGUUUACCAAGAUGAAUGUUACUGCAUUGUAUGCAACUUUUUAAACAACGACACUGAGCAUGGAUGAUUGUAGCAACACUGUUAAUAUAAUUUGUUAUUCUGCUGCAUUGAAGACUGACUGACAGAACAUAUUGCUGGAAAGGCCAGAAGAUAUACAAGCUUAAGGAGAACGUAUUCAUAUCACACAUGUUAGUUACCAUGGUAGAAUGGUGCAUCACAUUUUAUUUAUUUAUUUUGUAAAUAAUGAAUGUGUGUGUAUACAUUGUCUUAAAGAGAUGCUAUCAAGUAAUUUAUUUCUAAAUGCUGUAAACAUGUUGUGAUUUAAAAAGUAAUAAUCUGAUCAAAUGUUAA